GACGUCUCAUCUUUCCAUUCACCUCAAGAUUGCAAGAUCAGUUGCACGCAAAAGAGCCUACACACCGAUCGGAAUUCCAAUCUUGUUUCUAACUCGAUUUCAAAAACGCCCUUCUUAAUUGAAUCCCUCUGAUCAUGGCGUCGAUUGAGGGCUCGCAUGCUGAUGUCGAUACGCAUGCGAUGGAUAGCGUUACCCCGUCACGCUCGCCUCCGAUUGGACAGGCUUCGGCGUUCCGGCCUAAGCCCAGCAUUGAGCCUUCAACACCAAAGCGUAUCGAACGAUCGGAAUGGGAUAAACAUGAACGUUUCAUCAGAGCAAACCACUCUCGUAUGCAGCUGACACAACUCCGUCGAGCCAUACUCAAGGAGCGCGGUUUCGUCGCCAGCGAACAACAAUGGAAAAAGGCGCUGGCUAGAUGGGGUCUUUGCAAGUCGAUCCCAAAGUCGGUCGCCAAAUUCAUAGGGAAGAAGACACACUUUCGCCAGGCCAGAGAAGGAAAGAAGACAACCUUCAGAUACCGUAAACAACCGGUACCGAAGGACAAGAUCAAACGAUAUGAGCAGGAAUACGCCAAAGGUGCCUUGUCGCCAAUCCCAACUUCGCCUUCAAAUCUGACUUAUCAAACUUUGAAGUCUCCGACUUUGGCGUUUACACUCCCGGUGAACCAGACUUCGAACUCUCCGACUAUGGCGUUUACACUCCCGGUGAACCAAACUUCGAACUCUCCACAUAUGGACUUUACACUCCCGGUGGAUCAAACUUUGGAGUCUCCGCAAAUGGAGUUUACGCUCCCGACGGACCAAACCAGCUGCAGCAAUACGUCAGUAAGGACCGAGUUCUAUAAUGGCCAGGACCUCGAUAGCUUCCUCGCGAGUUCCCAUUACGCUGAAGCUCUCGUCAAGCAGGGGAACUAUACCGUUGCUAAACUCGCCUUCAUCGACGCUCUGGAGGGGCUCGAAGCUCUAAUCGGCGCUGUAAACAUGAUCACCAUCGGCGUUUUGGACAGCUUUGUUGACGCCGCUAUCGAGAACAAAGACUAUGGUGGAGCUACCGAGCUACUUCGCAAGUCCCACACCCAGCAUCAGGAGCUGCUUGGUAAAGAUCACAAGAAGACUUGGGUCAGCUUUGGUCGACUGGGCUUGGUGCAACUCGCAGAAGGAAAGCGUGGGCAAGCACUGAAAACAUUUAUGGAUGCGAAAGCUGGCAUACGCGCAGCGCCUGACAUGAGCCAAGAGGAUAUCUUCAAUCUCACCACCGAGUUCACUUCUAAUAUCGUCGAUGUAUAUCAGGAGCUAUACGAUUUCGAGAGUGCUGUGAGCGAGCUAUGCGAUCUGAUCCAACAAGCCGAAGCCUUAGGUGACGCUUAUCAAAAUCAGACCGCUGGUCUCAGGCAUCGGCUCGCCCACCUCUACAAUGACGAAGUCUGGAGCCUGGGAACAGUCCCGUUUGGCGUUGCAGCUGCCCCACGACAGCGUAUCGAGAACACCCUUUUGCAGGCUAUCAACGAUUUCGAGGCGACUUUCAGUGAAACGCCUCACUACCUAUGCUCAUUGGAACAGUUGCGAGCGUACUAUGAGACUACAGGUGAAGUCUCCAAGCUGGACGCCUUAAUUACGAAAAGGAUCGAGCCCGCUUUCGUCGCGCUUCGACCCACUGGACCAAACCGCGAGAACUACAUAGGGCUGAUGCAAGGAGCCAUACUCUCAUUGUCACGGCUUGGCAAAUUCGAGAAAGCUGAAAUGUUGCUGAAUUGGCGUCAACAACAGAUCGAGAGCUCAGAUAAGAUGGGAUUCUUUUCCUUCGAAGCACUGUCCAACGUCACGCUACAUGCGAAAUGGCAUUUCGAUCGUAAUAUGCCACAAUCUGCGGAACCACUACUCGAAAAAGCUCAGCAGAUAGCUAUGCAAGUCCUGCCACCUGAUCACACUUUUCACAAGGUUUUAGCUCAGACAAUCGCCGAUAAGGUUUGGAUGUAUGAGGCAUGUCAUUGCUGUCUGGUCAACCCACCCGGUGUAUCCAACAACGUUCCUUGGUCUGGUAAAUAAGCAUUGAUGGUUUUACGCAAGUUGGUACAGACUUGUCCAAGGCCAAAAAGUGGAACGACAUCUUCCUCGUGGGGAUGAUUUCCGAUCUUCGAAAGCUAGACGGUAAUGCAGAGAUUGGCAACACGUACGGAGACUAUCAUGGUUGCAACUAUGGUGAGAUAAAUACAGAGGGAUGUUGUAGGAGAAAGGACAGCGCAAAGAAUCGGGCUGAGGGGAUGUGUGUUGGUAGCAGAAUAAACACCUGGGUAGGCUGCAAGGUCACGAGUAUGUUUUCUAUGUUUCAGUUCUCGAUACAAUGGCGAAUAGCUGUGUUUUACUGGAGUUACAGAAAAUCUAUUUAUUGCUUCUCAGGACUUGGAGAGUAGCUGCCGAC